ACUCCUUCUCUCUCAAAAGGCUAGCUUUUGAACGAAGCAAUCACGAGAAACCUUUGAAAAUCUCUUACUUUUGGAUCCGUUCCUUAUUCACUUGGUUUCAAUUCAACUUGCAUCCCAAACUUUCUGGUGCUUUACCCUCUUCUCGUGUAUUCAUUUUUUUCCAGGGAAAUUUUCUCUCCCUCUUUGUUAGUUUUCCCGGACAAUUUUCUUUGGUCUACCUACUAAGGAAAAAAAGAAAGAUGAAGCCCAUUUGUUUCCUUCUCUGUUUCUGUUUCCUUCCUGUAAAAGUCUCUUCCUUUUAACAUAAUCUAUCUUAGUUCAGCUUAUUAAAAACCUCUGUUUUAAGAUUUCUCUUCCUUGAUUCUGUUUUGUUUUCUCGAAAAAAUUAAUGAACCCGCGGUUAUAUUCUCGGGAAAUCCUAUCGAACUCAUGUUUCUGAAUCAGUUCAUGCAUUUCUUGAAAUCUAUUCACACUUUCAGAAGGAAAACCUCAGUUUGAUAGAAUUCGAAAACCCUAGAUCCUCUGUUUUUCAAACCCGACCUUGUGAUCCAAGUCACCUCUCUUCUGAUUUACCAUGCCUGUUUCAUGUUUCAACCCGUUUCUCCGGCGAUCCAAAUUCCCUCCAGAGCCUUCCCUCCCCGCCUUAUCCGCUAACCCGUCCUCAUCCAAAACUAACCGGUAUGCAGAAAGUGAGACGAUGGAUAAGAAGAGAUUCGACAGUAUGGAAUCUUGGUCGAUGAUCCUAGAGUCCGAGAACGUGGAGACAUGGGAAACGUCUAAAGGCGAAAGAGAGGAAUGGACCGCAGAUCUUUCGCAGCUCUUUAUCGGAAACAAAUUUGCUUCCGGGGCACACAGCCGGAUCUACAGAGGGAUCUACAAGCAGAGAGCCGUUGCCGUGAAGAUGGUGAGGAUCCCAACACACAAGGAAGAGACAAGGGCUAAACUUGAACUGCAGUUUAAGUCCGAGGUUGCUCUGCUUUCUCGUCUCUUUCACCCUAACAUCGUCCAGUUUAUUGCGGCUUGCAAGAAACCACCGGUAUACUGCAUAAUAACAGAGUACAUGUCACAAGGUAAUCUCCGAAUGUACCUCAACAAGAAAGAGCCUUACUCGCUCUCGAUCGAGACUGUACUAAGGUUGGCUCUAGACAUCUCAAGAGGAAUGGAGUAUCUUCACUCGCAGGGUGUUAUCCACAGAGACCUAAAGUCUAACAAUUUACUUUUGAAUGAUGAAAUGAGAGUUAAGGUUGCAGAUUUUGGGACUUCUUGUCUUGAGACGCAGUGCAGAGAGGCCAAGGGUAAUAUGGGAACUUAUCGAUGGAUGGCUCCAGAGAUGAUCAAGGAGAAGCCUUACACUAGAAAAGUCGAUGUUUACAGCUUCGGCAUCGUUCUGUGGGAACUCACUACUGCCUUGCUUCCAUUCCAAGGCAUGACUCCCGUGCAAGCCGCGUUUGCAGUCGCUGAAAAGAACGAGAGACCGCCACUACCGGCUAGCUGUCAGCCAGCACUAGCUCACCUGAUCAAGAGAUGUUGGUCAGAGAAUCCUUCAAAGCGGCCGGACUUUUCAAACAUUGUGGCGGUGCUAGAGAAGUACGACGAGUGUGUCAAAGAAGGACUCCCUUUGACGUCACACGCAAGCCUCACGAAGACCAAAAACGCGAUUCUUGAUCGCCUUAAAGUCUGCAUCUCAGCUAUCAGCCCACCAUCUUCGUCGUCAUCUGUUCCUAUAAAUGCCUAGUUGUUGUUUAAAGAUUAUCAUAACAAUCUCUCUUUCAUUGUAAAGCUUAAUAUUCUUUUUCUUUUUUUUCUUUCAAUAAUUAUUUUAUUGUAUUUCGCAUCUAUGCGAUGUUAUGGUUUACACGUAGUUAAUUAGGCUGAUUAAA